GUACUACCACAACAGCAAUCUCGAGGCAAACCCGGCACCUCCCGGGCGCCACGUACUCGCAACUCAUCCGCUUUCUCCACUUUGACGAGACAGACCUCGAGAUGCAGCUGACACUGCAUGCCUACGCCGUUAUGAUCUCCCACUGGUGUGAGCGGGAGACGCCCUGGAGGGUCCCCUACACCACCACGGAUCACAACAAUGCUUCCGCACUGGCAAGGCCCCCACGACCGCAGAGAAUCUCAAUCCUCCAGCAGUUUCGAGCGGCCCUAGACAAUUUCCGCAGUGGCCGUCCGCAGCACGGCGGGAACCUGCUCCGACAAGCCUUUCUCAACAUUGAGCGCGCCGUCCUGGAGACGGCCCAGGCCGCACUAGACAUGGAAGCCGUGUGGGACUGUUGUCUCGCAAUCCCCCAACUGAUCCUCCAGUCGACCGAGGCAUGGACCGACCCUGACGGCCUCCUGCCCAUCUUCGCCAACCACUUUUACCAGCUGUGCAAGCUCAAACUCGCCAAUAAUAACAUUCACCACCCCCUGACGCGAAUCGCCGAGACACUACGCAGACUUUGCCACCCCUCCCGGGCCGGGGACGACAAGAUGAUGAUGCACCGCCCACAGCUCUGGCUGUACAUCCGCCGCGCGUGGCACCUCUGGCUCGACCGCGUGACGCGCGUGCGCGGCCGGCAGGACGAGAUGGCCAUCCACCUCCGCAGGGGAUACGUCACGCUCAUGAUUCCAGUCGACGCAUACGGCGACAACAGUACUACUACAGGUAGUGACAUGGCGCAAGCGCACAACCUGAUAGGGGACUUUUGCGAGGCCGUGCAGCGCUCGCUGGCCACGCGCGGGUCCUUUGCCACCACGGCGCGCAUCCUUGAGCUCGAGCGCCUUUUGUGUCGCAUGUAUUUACCGCUGUUUACGGACGAGUCGGCGGCGAGGGCGAAUAACAUGCUCGUGGGUGUUGUGGAGAGGGUGCAGGGGAAGCACAAACACGAAGAUGAAGGUAAUGGGGGGAGGGCGAAUAUGGCCGAGUGGCAUUUUCUGGAUAGAUAUCUGGUGUUUAGCGCGAAUUACUUUUUGAGUUGUAUUGCUGAGUAUAGUGGCGAGAGGGAUCUGGCGGUCGAGUACCGACGCAGGAGUCUGGACGCGCCGAGGGACUUGUUUUGGUUGCAGACGACCAUGGUGUUGGAGGAGGAACUGCGUCUGAUGGGAUAUCAGGAGGAGGCUAACGCGGUCAUGGAGGAGAGGAUGAAGGAGCAAGAGAUGUAUGUGACGACUAGUCUUGAGGGGAAUCAGCUUCUGCUGCCGGGUUUGCAAGUUGGAGAGAAGAGGGAAGGAGUUUGAUUGCAUCAUGUGUACUUCACGGGUAAGGGGCCCUGAAGGGGCACAAUGUUACAGAGGGAUGAGGCACCAAAAUGUAAGGUAGCUAGGUAGCAUUUCAGACUAUAUAUGUUUGUAUGUAGGUAGUUGGAAAAGAGAACAAGGGGGAGAAAACCAAGUUAUGUUUACU